GAGAGUUUCUGUGUGUUGCAAGAGCUGGCUGUAUCUGUUGGAGCUGGUAUGGAAAGACGCGGAAACGUAGCUCGUUUCGAACAACAUGGCUAGUGUGGUCGGAAAGGAUUUAUAGAGGGCGCACUCUGACCAUGCACGAAAACAAGUGUGUACAAUGUAGUAUACAUGUGUACUGUGCAUGUGGCCGUGCAAUUUAGCAAAUGUUAAGCCGUGUUCAUAUGUGAUCUGACUUACUGUAGAAAGGUUAAGGUUUCAAAAUGUCAGACACCUGGAGUGAUAUUCAGGCAGUCAAACGCCGUCAAGAAAAUCUCAGAGAGCGUUUGCAGCGCAGAAAAAAAGAGCGACAGAACCUUGGCUUGAGUAGCCAAAGCGACGGCAGUUCAAACGCAGUGAUAGCAGAUGUCUCAACCAGCCCAGGGACUCCCUUUCAGUCUGGGGCAUCUCUCUCCAGAAGCGACACCAGCAGUCCUCUCACGGUGGUCCCAGCCUCUGCUGAACCAAAGCUGGAUCCUCGAACUGAGAAGAAGCUGCUUGAAAGGCUGUGUGAUCACUCUCUGUCGCUCCCUGUGGACUCGGACAGCUUACACUCGUCCCUCAGCAAGAUUCUAGCUCAUGAUGUGUCCCAGGCGAGUGUGGAAAGUUUGCUACAGAAGUUCCUUGCCCAGGAACUCAUCACCGUCAGAGAGGGUAGUACAGCUGAUGGGAAGCCAUGUUUGGUUGUCGUCUCCGUGGAAUACAGCAAGAUCUCGGCCAUGACGGUUGAGCUGAGUGAUCGAGAUCGAGGGGUCAGCCCCGCCUUGCCGUCAAGCAGAAAGAGGAAACGGGAAGGAUCCCCCGGCCCCAAGGCCCAAGAUGACGCCUCCAAAAACGCCAAGACUCCAGCCUCCGACGAGAAGCCGCAGAAGGAGGAGGGGCAGCUGGAUGUGCAGAGGGAGGACAACCUGGAGAGCUUGCUGUCGGCCACGUCCUUCAAGGAGCAAGAGAACAAAGAGAUGGGACAAGAGUUGUUUGAGCUGUUAAGCAUUCCCACGGCUAAGGAGCAGUCAUUGGUUGAAAAAUUCAAAUCCCAAGGAGGAACUGUGCAAGAAUUCUGUGCGCAUGGAACCCGAGCUGACUGCAUUAAAGAAAUGGGUGCCAAUCACACGUGCAAUAAGCUCCACUUCAGACGACUCAUAAACAAGCACACGGACGAGUCACUCGGUGAUUGUUCUUUCCUGAACACCUGUUUCCACAUGGAUACCUGCAAGUAUGUGCACUAUGAGAUUGAGUACCCAUCCAAGCCGGACAACGGCCAGCAAAUUCUGGGCGCUCCGAGGGGCAUCCGCAGCAACAGCAACGUGACCAUGAUCCCCGCCCAGUGGAUCCAGUGUGACCUCCGACACCUGGACACGACCAUUCUGGGCAAGUUUGCCGUCGUCAUGGCAGACCCACCCUGGGACAUCCACAUGGAGCUGCCCUACGGGACCAUGCAGGAUGACGAAAUGAGGCAUCUCAACGUCCCCGUCUUGCAGGACGAGGGGUACAUAUUCCUCUGGGUCACCGGAAGAGCCAUGGAGUUGGGGCGCGAGUGCUUGAGCCUGUGGGGCUACGAGCGGACCGAGGAACUAAUCUGGGUCAAGACCAACCAGUUGCAGAGGCUGAUCCGGACGGGGCGAACAGGUCACUGGCUGAACCACGGGAAAGAACACUGCCUGGUUGGAAGGAAGGGCGAUCCGAAGGGGUUUAACAAAGGUCUGGACUGUGAUGUCAUCGUUGCCGAGGUGAGGGAAACCAGCCACAAACCAGACGAGAUCUACGGCCUGAUUGAGAGACUCGCACCGGGCACCCGCAAGAUCGAACUGUUUGGACGUGCCCACAACGUCCAACCAAAUUGGAUUACACUCGGCAAUCAGUUGGAUGGAGUCCACCUCGUCGAACCCGAUCUGAUCGACCGCUUCAAAGAGGUGUAUCCCGACUGGAACGCCAUGAUACCGCCUCAGAAAAAGGCAAUUGCGAGCGCUUAGCUACAUUAAUACCUGAAUUGAAUGGAACCAAACUCCAACCGGCCAUUUUGUUUGGCUUGGGCAAAGUUGAAAGGGUCCAGGCAGUGGAUUUUCUGAGAUGCACUUUUUGUGCAACUUUAGACUCUUCUUCGAUGUAAGAAGACCAUUUGACUUUUUUUUAUACCCGGUAGUUGAGUGCACUGAAAAGUAAGUUAUUUUGUCUGUUUUUAAAGUUCAAAUUGUCCCUGAUUUUCUGAACAGCAGAGGGGCAGAGGAAUUUUGCAUGCGGUGAGAUUAUGUGAUCAGUCUCUUGUGAGCAGGUGUGGUUCUGCUAAGAAUCGUUCUUAGAAGAACCGCACCUGCUCACAAAAGAGAUUGAUCACAUGGUGUCACCACAAGCAAUGUUCCUAUUACUUGCGUCUGCAUGAAAACCAGUAAAUUCCCAAAUAGCAUUUAAACUGGCAAAAGUUCAAUAAAUGUAAAGGUGCUUUUACAUGGGCUGUACCAAAGAAAUUUCCAUCGCAUGGACCUGUCAAGGAGCAUUUCAAAACAGGCUCAAAUUGUUCAAAAAUACGGCAGGUUGUAAUUUGAAGUAUUUGCCCGCCAGGAGGAGCUUAGGCACAGCAGGGUAGCAUUGCAGAGAGCAAUGUUUAACCAGUUCAGUUCACUCGGCAGGGAAACCUGUCUCACCAAAUAUACUGUGCAUGACAUUUUGGUCUGUAUUAAAGCGAGUAUUUUCUUGUUUAAGUUCAUUAACCUUUUGAUUUCAAAUUAUCCAAGGGCAGAUCCACAUAUUUUUUUUAAAAAUAAUGGGAGAAAGGCAAAUUUUUGGUGUUUAAUUUUCCUUCCUGCAAAAAGAGUGUUAAAAGGACCAAAAUGUUGCCUCGUUCUUUUGGGGGGGCCUUCCCUCCCCCAAAAAUGGGCCUAGGUCCAUCUUUGAAUUAGCAAAAAAACCUUUUUUUGAAAAAUUAGUUGAAAGGAACCAUUACCGGCUGAGAAUUUACGGUGAGCAUUGCUGGUAUUGGUGCCGGAAGCGUGCCGGAGGGGGAGGCCUGUCGCCCCAUCCACAUUUUGACUGGGGGGCAUGCCCCCCCCCUACUUUUUGCAGGUCCUAUUAUUGGAUGGGGCUCAGUGGAUCGAGCCCUUAAUGGCUGAUGCAUUGAUGGUCUAACAACUGCUCCCUCCCCACUAUGAAAAUCAUUCUGCUGUGACUGGUGGUGCCACCGGAAAUAUAUCUGGUUUUGAGAGGAUUAAGAAGCAGGACUUUAGAGACUUUGAGACGAAGCGAAAACCUGCCCAAGAAAGAAAGUUUGAAACAUACCCACUUUUUAUGGAAAUCAAAGUGUUGUAAUUUUUCCCCCACAUUUCUGGGUGCAUUUUUUUUUAUACCUUGUAAAUCUUAAAGCAUGUCUGCACUUCCAUUGGUAGGUUACGAAAUAGCAAAAAUAGCAUUGGAGUUGUGGAAGGUGAUAAAAUAUUGAAAAACAGUUCUGUGUGUGCAUAUUCUUUCAUUUUAUAGGGAAGAAAAUUUGUUGUAAAAAGUAAUUUAACAUCUCUGCACCGUGUGAGUACUUUUUUCAUCAGGGAAAAUGUUAAAAGUACAAUCGGCAAAUGAUAGGUGUGACACAGUUCCAUGUGUUGAAGGAUGAUUGAAAUAGUUUCUUACGCGGGAAUGACA